AUGGACCCCUCACAGGUUAAAAUCCCACCCAUGAAGGACCUCACGGUCGACAAUAUUACCGAAAACGUCAUCCGCAUGAAUUCGCUGUGCGAGGAUGAGCGCAUGAAAUAUAUUCUCGAACGAUUGGUUUCUCAUUUACAUGAUUUCGCCCGCGAAACCAGACUUAGUUCCCAGGAAUGGAUGACGGGGUUGUUGUUCCUCACGGAGGUGGGGAAGAUUUGUUCGGAUGUGCGACAGGAAUUCAUCCUCCUCUCCGACGUCCUCGGCCUUUCAAUCCUCGUCGACUCGAUCGACCACCCCAAGCCCGCCGGCUCAACUGAAGGCACAGUCCUCGGUCCCUUCCACACCCACGAAGCCGAAGUAAUGCCCAAUGGCGACAGCAUGUCCCACGACCCCAAGGGUGAGCCGCUUCUCGUCGUCUGCACGCUAAAAGACACGCACGGCAACCCCAUCUCCGACGUCAAGAUCGAUAUCUGGGAGACGGACUCCACGGGCCACUAUGACGUGCAGUAUGCGGAUCGGAACGGCCCCGAUGGCCGCUGUAUCAUGCGCAGUGAUGACACCGGUGUGUUUUGGUUUAACGCGAUUACGCCGGUGCCGUACCCGAUUCCGCAUGACGGGCCGGUCGGGAAGUUGUUGAAGAAGUUGCAUCGCCAUCCGUUUAGGCCGAGUCAUAUGCAUUUUAUGUUUGAGAAGGAGGGGUAUGAUCAUUUGAUUACGGCGCUUUAUCUUCGGAAUGAUCCGUAUGAGACUUCGGAUGCCGUCUUUGGUGUCAAGGAUUCUCUGGUGGUGGAUCUUGGUAAGGCAGGUCCGGAGUAUGCAAAGAAGUAUGGCGUUUCGGAGGACCAUGCCCUCCUUACAUACGACUUUGUCUUGGUUUCUAAUGCCGAGACCAGCGCUUUGCGCGAACAGAACUCCAAGGUGGCGCUGGAUAAACUGGGCCGCAAGGUGAAGAUGGUGAACGGACUGCCUGUGCCGGAUCUGGAUUAA